CCGCCCGCAGCGCUCGCUGGUUCCGGGGCGUGCCGGGCAUGGCGCUGGCCGGGGACGAGCCCUUCAGCCCCUCGGUGCUGGGCACCAGGGAGCACUGGGAUGCUGCGUACGAAAGAGAACUGCAGACUUUUCAAGACAUUGGAGAUACCGGGGAAAUCUGGUUUGGAGAAGAAAGCAUGGUGCGCAUAAUCAGGUGGUUGGAAAAGCACAAGGUCCCCCUUGACAGCUCUGUGCUUGACAUUGGGACUGGGAAUGGAGUUUUACUGGUUGAAUUGGCAAAGUCUGGCUAUAUGAAUCUCACAGGGAUUGAUUACUCACCUUCUGCAAUACAGCUUUCAGAAAAAGUAAGGGAGAAAGAAGGGAUGUCUAACAUAAAAUUAAAGGUAGAAGACUUCCUGGCACCCUCAGCUGAGCUGUCAGGCUUUGACAUUUGCAUUGACAAGGGGACUUUUGAUGCUGUCAGCCUGGACCCCAGUGAUGCGGCGGGGAAGAGGAAGCUGUACGUGGGCUCCCUGUGCAGGGUGCUGAAACCAGAGGGCUUCUUCCUCAUCACCUCGUGCAACUGGACCAAGGAGGAGCUGCUGAACGAGUUCAGAGAAGGAUUUGAAAUUCUGGAGGAGCUGCCAACACCCAAGUUUUGCUUUGGAGGAAGAAUUGGAAACAGUGUAACAGCAUUGGUUUUCCAAAGGAAAAAAGUGAGGCCAUCCAUCUUGGACAAAUUAGAUUAGAUGAGAAAAGUCUGAACUUUAAACCUGACAGAAAACCUCAGACACGUGUGUAAAUAAAUGCUCUUAGAGUGCACAGUAAAAUACUGUGUAUGGAGCUCUAAGGGACUAUAAAACAUUGCCCUAGAAACAUUUCAGCUUUGCAUAAUUUGCCCAUAAAUUGUGUCCUUGCUACAACCUCGUUUUAGAGAAGCUGCAAGUUUGUAAGAGAGAGGGAAAUCAGAUGUGCUAAAUACAGAGACCAAUAUAACUGAAUGAUAUUUGUGUUUGAAACAUAAAGAUUAUCUGAUAUUUAAUUUCUGUGCUGGUAAGCAGUGACCUGUAGAGGAUAUAGACCUAUAGUGACCUACAAAGCAAAAAUCUCAUUUCUCUGUUGUGCAGUGGAAUAGGGAACAAGCUUUUGCAGUGUAAAUGCUGGAUUUUAAAUGAACAUAAGCGUAGCUGUUGGGGGAAAUGAAUACAAAAUCCACAGCACUUUCAAAAAAGGACCAGUUGGUACUUUAAAUUCAGAUUUUCUGAGGUUCUCAGACUUAGCAUAAUUGUGUCUCCUCUGAAGGAGCUCAGCCCUUUUCCCACAGAGGGAGUGUUUUUAAGUCUCCCUCUCCUGAGUGUGUUCAUGCCUGGUCAGUUCCUUUCCCUGAUCUCAUGAAUACAUAAAGGUGUGAUGUUGCAGCCUCUGGGGUGUGACAUACAGGAAUGUCUUUAGAGCCACAAUGACAAGAAGUUUUCCAAUUAAUUUCUCAGGAUGGAUUUUAACUGCACAAAUCCAAAAGACUUCAAAGCAGAACUAUGUAUUCCUUGUUCCUUUUUUUUUAAUAUGGAUUUUUUAAACUUCUGUGUGCAAUCCUUUUGCUCAAUUUCAUUGCCUUAAUUUCUUCUGUUUUGUAAUCUCAGAAUAUUGCUGUUGCUUGAAAGGCAGGAAAAUGAGAUUUCUUCGUGCCUGGACAAACACAUUUGCAGGUGACAAUAAACUUGUUCUUUCAAACAUCAA